GGGGAGGAGUUGGGGCUCCGCCUCGGGGCGGCUCCAGCUGCGGGCGGCCAUGGCUGGCGGGCGCACGGGGCGAUGGUGGCCGGGGCCCCUGGCCGAGCCGCAGCGCCUGAUGCGCGCCGGGCUGGUUCUCAUCGUGCUGGGCCACUGCAACUUGGUGCUGGGGGCCAUCGUGCACGGCUCCGUCCUGCGGCACGUCGCUAGGGCCAAGCACGCCGUCACCCCCGAGUACGCCGUGGCCAACGUCGUGUCUGUGGUGUCCGGGCUGCUGAGCGUCGCUGUGGGAAUUGUUGCCAUCCUGGUGUCGCGCAACCUGUCCCGGGCGGCUCUGCACUGGGCCCUGCUGAGCGUGUCCCUGCUGAACUGCCUGCUGUCCACAGCGUGCAGCGUGGGGCUGGCGCUGGCCAUCGCGCUCACCAUCCACAGCCGCGGCAUGCGCCUGGUGACGGGCUGCAGCAGCCCCGCGCUGCCUGUGGAUGCCCGCGCAGCCAUAGCCACCAACGACUGCCCCUUCAACACCACGCGCAUCUACGUGAGUAUGUGCGGGGCCGGUGCUCGGCCCGCUCCCUCACCUCUGCUUCCUCUGUUUUCUGGCUUUCUCCUCUUUCUCCUCGCUCCGUCUUGCCCCCGCCCGGUCUGCACGGGCCGCUCUCAGCUCCGUGCGGGUGGGCGCUGCGCUCUGCGCUCCCCGAGCACCCCCAGGCCUUGUGCUCUGCAGGACACGGCCCUGGCGCUCUGGUUCCCCUCCAUGCUGCUGGCGGCCACAGAAGCUGUGCUGUCUGGAAGGUGCUCUUUAGCUGCCCUGGUCCUGCAGGGCAUCGGCCCCUGUGCGCGCACCUACGGCAAGGACCAGGUGGCCAGGCCGGGUACGGUGAAGGAGAGGCAGCUGCUGGUGGGGCUGGCUGAGACGUGCGCCUAACGGGAGAGGCGGUGCUGCACGAGUGCUGUCAUACAGUGGGGUGAUGCUGCACCCUGCACCUGCUGCAGGUGUAGGCAUGGGGCUGCGCUCCUCCCAACCGCCCUCCCUGGGACAAACCCCGCCAGUCCAGGCCAUGAACUGCUCAGAACCACCAGCAGCCUCCACCCAGCAGGUGCUGUGUUUCCUGAACCCCCUCCCUGUCCCUCCUUGGGCCACCAGGCUCCUCCUGAUGCACCAGAAGCCACGACAGUCUCUUACAUGCACAGCUGUGGGGGGACAGAGGGACUCGGUGGGGGCAGGAAGAGGUGCUGGGGCCUGGCAAGAGCCAGGGUUGGCCUUGGUGCUGGUGGUCCACUUGCAGAGCUGGUGCUCAGAAGCAGGCCGAGGAAUAGAAGGUGAAGAACCCUUUUCUUGUAGGCCUCUGUUGUUUCCUUGAGUAAAUAAAAGUUUUCAUUUUUACACUG